AUGUACAGAGAAACACAGCAGAUUCCUCAGCUCAGAGCUGCAAGUAUGGUUACGCCUGUGGAAGAAUUUACUGAAAUUAUACGAAUGUACUCGGACGAAUACAGAAAUUAUAAUGGCGGGCCUGUUAAAUGUAUUCAUAUGCACAAUAGCUUCGCGAAAUAUGUUUCAAAUGUCGUCAAGAAGUUCGAUAGUACAGCAACGGAAAUACCACUGGAAAACGAGCCUUUAUUACGAAAAAUCUGCCGAGUCGACUCUUUGGAUCCUAAGAAUAUGAAGCUAAAAUGGGCGAUUCUCAAACAGAAUAUUCUAGCAAUCGAUGGAACGCCUGUCAGACCACGGGUGAUGGAUCCGCAGUUUUACAUGAAUCAAUACGAACCACGUUCUGUAAAUUACGACAAGGUCGAUGCGGAGGAAUCACUCGCCCGCCGUCGACUGCAAGAAAGUUGGAAGCAUUUCGACCGCUCAACGAAGCGACCAAACUCGUCUGAUAUUCCCUCAACAUCUGGUCCAUCCCCGAAGAUAAAUAAAUGGGAUUUCGAUGGGAUCAAAAAAGCGCAAGAACAACAAGACAAAGAAGACCAAGAAGCCGCUGAGAAUCAAAAGCCAGAAGUGCUAAAUUUUGAACAAUCUGAAAACAAGGAAGAGAACCAGCCAAGCUCAAAAAGACAAAAAAUAGAUCCAGAAAACGAGCUUUGCAUCCUCUGCCGAGAGAACGAUCGAAGUCACGCGUUUCUCCACGGCUCACUAGAAUCGGACGAUGCCUCUGCCCAUUUGGUGGCGUGCGAGCAGUGCGCUCUCAAGUGGCAGUGGGCGACGAAGGGAUGCCCUUACUGUAGAAAGCCUUGUGUUAAUAUUCUUCGCAUUUUGAAGUGA